GAGCUUAUUAUUUCCAAGCAUUAGAAGUAUCGAGUGUUAAAUUUUCCAGCUCUAAAAGUUCUUAAGUUUUUUUAUUCCUCAAUUCGAAUAUUAUGGCAGCACAUAAAAUGUUGCUUUGCGUGUUAAUGUCAUUGUUUGUGUUAACAACAGCACAAGAGUGUGGAAAAUUCACUGGGAAUAUUGACGAUAAGGAUUCAAAACUACCGUGGAUGGUACAGUUGCGUGAGAGAAUGUCUUCCGAUGUUAUUUGCACCGGCACGUUGAUAUCAAAUCGUCACGUACUUAUUGAUGCCCAUUGCGUGUGGCCAAAAUCUUACUUUGUUGCUUUGAAGCUUAUUUCCAAUGUUUACGUCACCAUCGGUAAUGAUGCUUUUGACUUGAUGGAUAUUAAAAUAAACUCAGACUGGAAGUUUAACAACCCCAACUAUGAUGGUGACAUCGCAAUCGCAGUGUUAUUUAAUCCCGUUACGUUCUCUGAUACGGUGCAACCAAUUUGCCUGCCUGAACAAAAUGCGGGCACGCUGAUAAGACCUGACGGACUUGUAACUGGAAUUAAUAACAUCGACAACACGAAUGUAAGACGAAGAGUGACAGUUGAGAAAAACGAUGUUUGCUUCCAACAUUUCCCGACUCGCGUUCAAAAGGCUUCGCCAAGAACAUUCUGCGUAAAGUGGCAAGGCGAAGACUUAGAAAUCGCGAAUGGAUUCUCGGGAAGUUAUUUGCAUAAUUCUGAUGAUGUUUGGUUGAUUCAAGGCAUUGAAACUGAAACUUUCGUUCAAAAGAAUGAUUGCGAUAUUCAGAAACAUUCAAUAUUCACAAAUGUCGCACAUUAUAUUGAUUGGAUUCAAAAUAUUGUGAAAAGAGACACUGAACAAGUUUGGAAAGACAUUGAACUCAAAUGUACUUUUAAGAGAAAUUUUGAGGGUCUUUAUGGAUGUGAGGUUGAAAAUUUAAUUAUAAACUCACCAAAUGUUCGAAUUGCGUCUAUUUCUGGUCUUCAUGAAGACAACAUGGAUAAUAGCGCUGUUGAAUAUGUUUGGAUUAAAGAUAGUCAAACUUCACAUUUGCCUCGUUUCGAUGCUGGAAUUUUCUUCCCACAUUUGAUUAAAUAUCUUAUCACAAACAGUGGACUGAAAUUUAUAAGCCGUGAUGAUUUCUCGGGAAUGCCAAAAUUGGAGACUUUAGAUUUGUCCCACAAUGAACUUAAAGAAAUCCCCGAAGAUACGCUUUACGACUUGAAUGAACUUGUUGAUUUGUACAUUGAAAAUAAUCAGUUUAAGAAUCUUCCUGAAAAUCUAUUGAGUCACGCGCCAGCGUUCCAGAGAUUCAAGGCCACAAACAACACGCUUGAGAUUUUGCCCGCGAACUUUUUCAAGGCCAAUCACGCCUUAAAAAUUUUGUCACUUGACAAUAACAAAUUACAUAAAAUCUUUGUCGACUUCAGGCCAUUCAGAAACUUGAAAAAAAUCGAUUUGCUUAACAAUCGUUGUAUCAGUACAAACUUCAAUGACUGGAGAAGAUACAAAUCCGUGUUGAUUGUUCAAAAGGAAAUCGAAUCGGCUUGUGUAUAAGAAUAUCAAGCAUUCGUUUGACAUAAAAUAUCUUGUAACUGUGCAUCUUUAAAUGGCAAAAAAGCUUUGUAAUUAAUCUUUUUCAUGAUGAAUAAAUAUUUCUAUGCAAAGUAUCAUUUUCUUUACAAACAAAAUUCAUUAUAAUUCUCAACAUCCUCUUAAAUACUUUGAUGUACAUGUUUUCUUUCACAAUUCAAGGAAAAUUCUUUUCUCGUUACACAACUUACCUUGUUAACAUCUCAAACAACCAAAAAAGUGUAUUUAUUGUAACAAGAUUCCAUGGAAAUAAAAGAGAAAA